CUAGCCUUAUCCGUUUCUCACGCACCCUUUCUCAAAUUCGCCGGCUCCACGCUUCGCACGACAAUCUACGAAGGAACUCUCCACCGAGGAUCGGGACUGCGGCCAAGCAACUCCUCACGUCGGCGAGCUUGCGGGGAAAGACAAGCGGGCUCGGAGACUACAACCUACACAUCUGCGGCGCGGCUACGGCUAGGGUGAGGGCUUCAAUAGAGGGACGCGGAAGGGAAGGCAAGUACAUCCUCUAUGAUGAUAUGGGAUCGGUGAGGUAAGGGAUGGGUAGCUAGGUAGGUUGAUAAAUUGCCAACAAAGUCCGAUUGAUGGUUUGUGUUAUGGAUCGAUUUCUUUUCCGCGAUGUUCUUGAUUCAACUUGACGCUUUUGUGAUGUUCUUGCCGCGGUUUGUGUUUUUCCUUGAGGUUCUUGCUUUGAUAUGUGAUCUCUAUGACGUUCUUGUUCCAGAUGAUGGCUUCUAUGGGAUGUCGGCAAGGUUUUGGGGCUUCUGAUUGAAUUCAACGUUGAUUUGCUUCAUGUUCUGUGAAAUCGAAACGCUGCAGAUUUGGGUGUUUCAGUGCUAUCUUGAAUUUACCUUGCAAGUGCAUUUCCUUUGUGAUGGUAUGGAUUUAAUGAGGUUGGUUUUGAGUUUCUCGACAAAACUCUUAUGGAAUUCGUGCAGCUUUGAUGAUGUUUUACCCCUUUCUAUCUCUGCCAAGGGUCUGGACAGAUUUAUAGGUGAGGAUGACUCUCAGGAUAUGAUGGAGGCCUUCAGACGGAGUAGACGAGGAGGCGAGAUGGACGCAUGGUGUUGGUGCGGGAAGCAUCCGAUGAUCGAACCUAUAUUUUGAUUAUGUCAAAGGGUUCAAAGUUAAGGUGUUUUGUUUUCUAACAUGUCGAACA